AUGGUUCCAGUGACGCUGUACAACGGCAAGAAAAGAGUAGAUACUCUAGCACUCAUCGAUGAAGGAUCUUCGGUUACCAUGGUGGACAGUGAAUUGCGCACGGAGUAUCAGUCGAAGAAAGUGGUGCUUGAGAUAUCUGCCAGAGACUCGUCGAGUAGAUACGAUCUGCUGGAAGCUCAUACGGUGCACAGGUUAAACCUCCCUGCACAGAAACUGGAUUCAGCGAAGUUGGUCCAGGAGUUUAAGCACCUUGAAGACAUCGACAUUCCCAGUUACGAGAGAACUACACCGAAGGUGCUGCUGGGGAUCGAUAAUCUUCACUUGAUCGCCCCGCUGGACUCACGAAUCGGAGAAUCUGGUAAACCAGUUGCCAUUUUGUGCAAGCUCGGCUGGACGGCUUAUGGUCCACAACCAAACGUCGUAGGAAAGGUGCAUUUUCUGGGACACCAUCGGUGCUCGUGUGAGAAGUGCAGCAAAGCGGAUAAGGAUCUGGAUGAGGCGAUGAAGAAACAUUAUCAACUUGAAGACGUCGGAGUGUCACCUAUUCGUUUAGAAUCGAAGGAAGAUCGUAGAGCACGCGAGAUUUUGGAGAAGACCACUCGAAGAGUGGGUAGCAGGUUCGAGACAGGAUUACUCUGGAAAGAAGAUGAUGUUCGAUUUCCGGAGAGUUUAGACAUGGCCAUGAAGCGGUUGCGAUGUUUGGAGGCUCGGAUGAACCGGAAUCCUGGAGUGCAGGAAUGUUUGCAGAAGCAGUUGGAAGAAUAUCUUGCCAAGGGCUACGCGCAUCGUAUCACCGAGCAGGAGUUAAAGGAGACGCCGAAGAGUAAAGCUUGGUACCUACCGCUGAACUACGUGGUACAUCCGAAGAAACCUGGCAAGGUGCGGUUGGUCUGGGAUGCGACAGCGAGGGCUCAUGGAGUGUCGCUUAACGAUAAGCUGUUGAAGGGUCCAGACAUGAUAACGUUGCUACCAGCUGUUAUAAGUGGAUUCCGCGAGAGAAACGUGGCGUUUGGAGGUGACAUUAGGGAAAUGUUUCAUCAAGCAUGGGUUCGUGCAGAAGACCGUCAGGCACAACGGUUCCUAUUCGUGGGUCCGAACGGAGCGGUGGAAACGUACGUGAUGGAUGUGGUUAUCUUUGGCUCGACCUGUUCGCCUUGCUCCGCACAGUACGUGAAAAACUUGAACGCGCGGGAACAUGCCGAGCAGUAUCCGGAGGCUGCCGAAGCUAUCGUCCGAAAGCACUAUGUCGACGAAUAUUUCGACAGUGCCGAUACAGUAGAGGAAGCGGUGAGACUAGCGAUGGAUGUGCGACGUGUACACGCCAACGGUGGGUUCGAGAUUCGGAACUGGGUUUCCAACUCACAGGAAGUGUUACGUCAGCUCGGAGAGGAGAAGUCUGUGGUGAAACCACUAGAAGUAGACAAGCAUUGCGCUACGGAGAGAGUCCUGGGAGUGCUGUGGGACCCGGAAGGUGAUCACUUCGUUUUCUCAAAGGAGAUUCGCCAAGACCUUCAGCCCUACAUUCGGGAAGGUGCUUGGCCAACAAAGAGGAUUGUGUUGCGGUGCAUUGCCAGCAUGUUCGAUCCGAAGCAGUUCCUGGCUCCGCUGUUGAUACACGGACGGAUCAUAAUGCAGGAUUUAUGGCGUAGCGGCAUAGGUUGGGACGAGAAGCUCACGGAAGCUCACUACAAGCGGUGGGUGCAGUGGACACAGCUAUUCCAUCUAAUCGAUGAGAUUCGUGUUCCACGGUGUUACCUCGGUGGAUUGGACUCGAAGGUCUAUGAAACGGUGCAGUUACACGUUUUCACUGACGCUGGAGAUGCGGCAUAUGGAUGCGUGGCCUACUUCAGGUUCGAGGACGGCGAAGUCGUUCACUGCGCAUUCAUCGAGGCCAAAGCGAAGGUGGCGCCAUUACAGUACCUGUCUACACCACGGUUGGAGCUAGAAGCGGCUGUUCUCGGUGCGCGAUUGACAAAGUCGAUCUGCGAUGCCCAUUCCUUUCCGGUAGCGAAGCGGUUCCUGUGGUGUGACUCGGAUACGGUAGUAUCAUGGGUGAAAUCGGACCAACGAAGGUAUAAGCCGUUCGUUGCCUAUCGUAUUGGCGAGAUCCUCAGCAUCACGAAUCCAGAAGAUUGGCGUUGGGUAGGAACGAAGGACAAUCCAGCGGACGAUUUGACGAAUACCAAAAACAUCAUCCAAGGAAAUGAAUACAGCCGCUACAACAACGCCACCUCCGACAACAACACCAUCAACAAUAACAACAACACCAAUAACAACAACAACAGCAACAACGACAACAACAACAACAACUACUACAACAACAACAACAACAACAACAACAUCAGCAACAACGGAAAUGGAAAUAUCACAUGGACAUCAUUACCCCUGGACAAAGAAUUAUUAGCCGCAGCACGCAUACAAUUUUCUGGACCACCAAAAAGGCGAGAGCGUCGAAUGGACGCCUGGGUGCUGCGCGACCGUAAAGUGCAGCAGAAGCUGAAGCGGAAGACCAAGGAUAAGGUGGCUUCAUCGUUCCGCUUCUUGGACCAAAGGGUAGAAACAACCGGCCAAACGGUGAAGAAGUACAGGGUCAAGAUGGCCAUUAUUGUUAUGUGGAAGCAUCAGCAAGACAUAGUUAGCGUUGGUAGCCGGCUAAAUCUCGCCGAUUCGCCGUUCGACACCCCAUGA